AUGGGGAAGCAGCAAAGACAGAAAAUCAAUGCAACCACUAAGGACAAGAACCUUAACUCCACAAACACUGUCACCACCAAGGUCAAACGAACAAGAAGAAGUGUCCCCAGAGAUUCCCCUCCUCAACGCAGCUCAAUAUACAGAGGAGUCACCAGGCACCGAUGGACAGGCCGAUAUGAAGCUCAUUUGUGGGACAAAAAUUGCUGGAAUGAGUCACAGAACAAGAAAGGACGACAAGUCUACCUCGGUGCUUAUGACGAUGAAGAGGCCGCAGCACACGCUUACGAUCUAGCAGCAUUGAAAUACUGGGGUCAAGAUACCAUCCUUAAUUUUCCAUUAUCUACUUACCAGAAUGAACUGAAAGAAAUGGAGGGUCAAUCUCGAGAAGAGUAUAUUGGAUCAUUACGAAGGAAAAGCAGCGGUUUUUCUCGUGGAGUUUCUAAAUACAGAGGUGUUGCAAGACACCAUCAUAAUGGAAGGUGGGAGGCUCGGAUUGGCAGGGUUUUCGGCAACAAAUAUCUUUACCUCGGAACUUACGCAACGCAGGAAGAAGCUGCGACAGCAUAUGACAUGGCAGCUAUUGAAUAUCGAGGACUCAACGCUGUCACCAAUUUCGACCUUAGCCGCUACAUAAAGUGGCUUAAGCCAAACAAUAACGAUAACACUGCGAACUCUAAUGUUCUUGACGCUAACCCUAAUUCUGAGACCAACUUUACCCCAAAUUCUAAUCAACAACAAGGAUUCAAUUUUUUCCAGAGUCAAGAAUCGACGGUGACUCAGCCUCGAUCUUCUGGUGCCACGUCAGCCCUAGGACUUUUGCUGCAGUCAUCCAAGUUCAAGGAGAUGAUGGAGAUGACUUCCGCCGCCGACUUGUCGACGGCGGCGUCGGAGUCUGAGUUGGUGCCGUGCACGUUUCCCGAUGAUAUUCAGACCUAUUUCGAGUGUGAAGAUUCCAACAGAUAUGGAGAAGGGGAUGAUAACAUGUUUGGCGAGCUCAACGGGUUUGUGCCCCAUAUGUUCCAUUGUGAUGACUUUGAGUCUUGAAAAUGCACGGUGGAAGUAGAAGAUUGUUUGCAGUUGCUUUGUUGAUUUAUUUUUUUCAUUUGGCUUAUUUCUCAGUUUGUGAAUAUGAACAGUAAUUUGUUGAUAGUGAGACACUGAUCAAAAAAGAACAAGAAGAGCAGUGCAUUAUUUGGGAAACUGAACUUGGAUUAGUGAUCAUGGUCAGAGGAGGAUGCAUGCCAAGUUCUUUAUUUGUUGUAGCUGAAAAGAAAAUAAGCAUCUCAAUAAAGAUGCAAAAUAAACAUAUUUUACCAUUUUUUUCCUUUAC